AUGUUUUUCAAGCGGCUCUUGCUCAUAAAAAACCACAACUACACCUCCAACGACGGCAAGAAAGCGUUGCUGUUGUUCUCGUCGUUGUUUCUUCAUGGAAAAAGGAGCAGCAAUAGCAUCAGCAACGCCGCUUAUCGGGGGUGUUCUUCUUCGAAAUCAUUCUCAACGGUUUCCCCAAACAACGCGGGGAAAAGUUCUUCUGAACAGCAUCGUCGUUUCCUCGGGGGCGGGUUAGCGGCGUUAGGGGGCGCGCUCGCCUAUUAUUCGUUACCGACGAGUGACGAGAACGACGAGAACGAUCGUCUCGCGAAAGAUCCGAGAGACGAUAGAUCGAGUUUAACGCCGCACGAAAAGGUUGCCAAAUUGCACCAUUUUCUGGGCGACGAGAAUAGAAUUUUAGCGCACGCGAAACCGCUCAAAUCGGCAGAUGCUCCCGUUCAUUUUGGUCUCUUUAGCGACGGCGAGAUAUCGAGGAAAGAAAAACGACGUUCGGUGAGAAAAGAGUCCGGGGAAACGAUCGUUUUGAACGUCCCGGAUGCGUACAUCGUCUCCGCGUCCACGGCGGCGAGCGACGAAGAUUUGGGCGAGACGUUUACGAAGAUGUUGGACGAGAACAAAAUCAACACUCGACAAGCGACGCAGAUGUUUGUUUUAGCGCAGAGAAGAUUGAAAAGCGAGAGCGGGUGGAAAGCGUACGUGGAUUUUUUACCGAGGAGGAUGGAUUUAGUGCCAAUGUUUUGGACGGAACGAGAGAUUGAGAGAGGAUUGAAAGGGACGGUGUUGUACGAGAUGGUGAAGACGCAGAAGGCGAGAUUGAAGGAAGAAUACGAAACUGUGGUGAAGGACGCGUUCGAUGCGAACGUGUUGCCAAAACUGAAAGAGAUCAUACCGUCCUCGUCUUCGAGUGUUUUUGUGAGUUUGUUCGGGGGAAACGCCAACGAUACUUCUCCGCUUUCUUUUGAGGAAUUUUUGUGGGCGAAGGCUUUGUUCUGGACGCGAGCGCUGACCAUUCCUAUCGAAAACGGUCGAGUCAUUGUCGAAGCGUUAGUCCCUCUGGUGGAUGCGUGUAAUCACUCCACGAAGAAACCAAACGCGCGGUAUCAACUCUCGAACGAUUUGAAAUCCGUGGAGUUACGCGUGCCUUCCAAAAUUGAAGACAAUAUGACCAGCGAAGACGAGAUUAAAAUAACCUACGGCGUUGAAAAUUUAGAGCGAGCUUUUUUCACGUACGGAUUCGUCGACGAGGACGUGAUGAGCACGAUUUUACCGUUCGUUUGGAGCGACGACGAAGAUACGAAAACGUACUCGAGUUGCUUAGAUUUGAAACGGUUACCGAAAAUCGUUCAGUUAGAUUUGGAAAACGCUAAAAAAGGUGCGAGCGCGUUCUCCGGCGAUCCCGAGGUGAGAGAGGCGUUGCGGAUUUUAGGCAUGCAAGGCGAACAGUUGGCGAUGGAGCUGAGAGCGUUAUUAGGGGUUAAAGAAACGUUAGCGUUGACACCUGCGGAGAGAAUUUCUAAGCAAGAACGCGCGAAUCAACGGAAAAAAGGAAGAUUGUUUUCUUCGUUUGGGAGGAGUAAAAAAAAUACCGUCGACGCGGAUGAAAUCGUCACCGACCAUCGACGUUUGGAAAAUAGAGGAUUGAAACGUGCCAUUGAAACGGCUUUGAAACAUUUAGAUGAAACCGACGAAUCGGAAGAAAAAAUAGGCAGCAAAGAAGAAAACAACAAGGAAAAAGGAGAUCCGACGACGUCCGCGCGACGAAUGGAAGAGGCGAAACGGUACCGAAAGAAAGUCAGAGAGAUUUUACAAUCCUACUUAGAGGCGUCGUCGAAGCAUUGGAAGCUGUAG